AUGUCUUGGUUUCACUCACUGAGAGAUGACUUCACUCUGAGACCAUUUGAGAUCCAAGAAACACCCAGUGACCCUGCCGCCAUGGCAUCAGGACCUCCAGAUGUGAUGGCCAACCAGGAGCCUGCUGAGGUCUCAGAAGAGUGCUCAGGAAAGAAGAAGUCCAAGUUCCAGACUUUUAAAAACUUCUUUGCCAGGAAGAAGAAAAAGGAGUCUACUGGAGAUCGUGCAGAGCUCAAAGGCAGUCAGUCGAGUGACAAUAUCAGUAAAACGUCGCAAAACAAUACGCUCAGUCGCUCAGAGAAGGAGAAGGGGUCAAAGAUUAGCCUGGGCAGCAAGGCCUUGUCACACGACUCUGUCUUUGUCUCGGAUUCAUCUGAGGCCAACGAGGCUCUGGGGGCUUCUCAGGACAGCAUUCAUGGAAAAGUGAAAUCUCUUCAGCUUCAACUGAAGCAAGCCAUCAGACUGGGCUCCCCUCCGUCACUGAUGUGUGUGAAGAGGUCGGAAGAUGCCGGAACCAUGUCGGAGGACGACGGACUGCCCUGCAGUCCACCAGAGUACAUUUCACCUCAUGUCGCCAAGAAUCAGGCUCAGAGGAACAGCUCUAUUAGCCUAGAGGGAGUGGACAGUGAUGACGACAAGUUGUCUUGUGCUGCAUCCAGCAGAGUAGUGAGCCCUCUGGUGACUGUUCCGGGGGAUUUCAGCCAGCCUGCAAGCCCAUUCGGGUGUCUGGAUAACUCUGCAGCAAAACACAAGCUGGGUUUGAGACAGAAGGCCAACAACAAGAGGAAACCUGCCAAUAGGCUUGAGAUUAAGUCAGAGGAACACAAUGAGAUAAAUGGAUCAUUAAACAUCCCCUUCCCAGAGCGACAAGAGGAAGAGAAGAUAAUUGAUGCAAGUGGAGAUGAGUCAAAACAAAAGUUUAAGGAGGCAGAAGAAUGUCAAGAGAACAAGCAGCCUUUGUUGCAGGAAGCAAAAGAAAAAACGGAGUUGGAAAAAGAGCAGGAUAUAUCAAUUGCUCAAGACACUUCUUGUCAAUCAGAUUUUCUCGCUGCUGACACUCAGCCUUCACCUUCACCCCAACUCAGCACCAGAAGCUCCUACCUGGACACUCCUAGAACCACACCAGAGCCUCCUGCUGGUGAAAAAGACUUCCCAGAUCAUUCAAUUGUAAAUGGGAAUGAGGGGAACAUGGAAGGACCAGAUCUGGUCGAAGAUGAUGUACUGGGAGGUGUAGUAGCCGACAGCUCUUUCCUACAGGAAGUACUAAGCUCCCUGAAGACUUCUUGCACUCAAUGUGUGGACUCUGAAGAUGUAGUCCUGGAAAUGAAGGACCAGACAAAAGAUGAGAACAAGGAGACAGAAGAUGAAGAUGAGCCUGUGUUUGAUCUAGUUGCUCCUUGCGAUGCAGUCCUUAUGGAUCAGUCCAGCGAGGACGAGAAGGAGGAGAUCACCGCUUUAAGCAGUCCCUCUCCACAUGUUGAUGAAGUGGAGAAAAGUGAAGACGAGAAUGAAAAAGAAGAGGAAGAGGUGGAGGAAGAGGAACUUGUUGUGGAAAGAUUCGGUCAACCUUGUAUUCCCUCGGAGGACAUGGCAGACAUAAACGUACCUCAAGAAGCCAAACCUGAAGAACAAAAUGACUCACACAUAACAGAAUCCAACCACUCGGAGGAGCAGGAAACUGAGGCAAGUGAUGAAGAAGUGGAGGAAGAGAGUCAUGUGGUGAUGGUGGAAGAGGAAGUAGAGGAAAACCAGAAAUUAGAAGAAGAGACGGACGAAGAAUGGGAAAUACUUCCUGAUGAAACAAGCGAAGAGAUUUGCAGUGUCACUUUCAUGCAGGAGGAAAGGGAAUCUGUAAUUGUUGAUGCCACGAAUAACACACAAUACACACAUGAUGUUGAAACACAUCAAGAGUCAUGUGAUCAGGACUCCAGAAACGAAAGCCUGGCGUCUCCCAAUGAAAAUGACAGUGAAUGUAAAGCAAGGGAGGAGGGAGUGGAUGACGAUGAAGACUUUAAGCACACAGAGGUUCAUUCUGAGCCACAGGAAGAAGCAAACCUGGAGGAUGAAAAUGUGGAGCAGGAAGAAUUACUGGAGAUGGAAAAAGACCAAAUAUCACCUAUACCGUCUUCUUCUUCUCCACUCAUUGAAUCUCCUUUACAAGAACAUACAGUAACUCCCACUCCCAGUGAGAUCACCACUCUCCAUGAAACCACUUUUGCAAGUGAAUAUAAUACACCUAGAGAAAUCACUCCUCCUCCCGAAACGAACACUCGGACCACCGUUGUCCACAUGAAUCUUGUCUCUCCAACUUCAGAGUCAGUCACAUUUUCAUUUCAGCCCUCCCCAACGGAUGAAUGUACCAAAGUCUCAUCUUCAGAGCAACGUGCUGACGAAGAGACCUUCGAAACAGUGUCAGAGGUAGAAGAGCAAAUGGCUCACAUUUGUGCUCCAGCUGCUGUUACCGAAGACGCCAUGCCUCCUUCGUCUGAUAAUCAAAUAGUCAAACAGUCCCUCGAAGGCUCAAAUGAGAGCAAAGUUCGAUUCACCAUUGCCCCCGCCUGGCAGAGGUCCCUAUCUGAUGAGGAAGCAAAACAGACAUCAUCAGCCCCACUUCCAGGCGCUGACCCUGUAGCUGAGGAUAUGGAAGAGACCACCAAGAAAGACCUACCAUCAGACGCCCAGAUGGAGAAAUUUGUAAAAACAACAGUGGUCAGAGGCACUGCUACAAAGGCUGCUGUGGUCCAUGAAUCAGUCAAAGCUCAAACCUCAACUGUUCCAAGCAAAGAAGAGAGCUCUGCUGCGAUGGAGGGAAGCUACGACACUCCCUUUGGAGUUCGGCUGAGGAAGACUGCCGUUUUGCCCCGCUUCAGUUCAGAAGAGGAAAACACAGAGGAACCCACUGAGCCCCCAGUGCAGCCUGUUAGUUGUAAAGUUGAAGCAUCCAGUUUCAAACCCGCUAUAAGUCAAGCAGUCCUCACAAAACCUGCCCUUCCCAAGAAACCGGAUGUCCAUGGGGACACCGUGGUGAAAUCUAAGCGUGUUUCAGAGCCCGCACCAUCCCGUGGUGUCUCUGCUGAAUCUCAAGGUCCUAGCUGGAUCUCCAUGGCCAGACAGAAGCAGAAGAUCUACAAAGAAAAUUCACUGGAAGAGAUGACCGUCAAGAAGGAGGAACAAGACAGGAAGUCUUCACUGCCAGCGUAUGUCAGCUCGACAUCAAAAAAGGAACACCCUACCAAAGCACCUGAAUUUACUGGAAAAGUGAGUCUGCCAGAGAAGCCUUCAUCAACUCCAGAAAACGAAACUAGGAAGUCUGUAUCUCCUGUGACUCCAGUGCCACCUCAGCUUCCUAAAUCUGUAAACCCCAAGCCAGCACAUCCCUUGAUUAGCUCCAAAUCUGCACCCUCCCAUCGAUCUCUGCCCCCUCCUACACCUGUUCCGGUUGCCAUAAAACCUCAGUCUAUCUUGAACCCAUCCAAGCCCCCCCUAGAAUCCAAACCUCAGACCCAGAGCAUGAUCCUCACCUCGCCUCCUUUUUCAGCAAGAAUCAACCCUCCACUGCCGACGGCAAGAGUUGUGUCACUUUCCGGUCCGCCUCCUGUGUCUCCGCGCGGACUCGCACCUUCGUCUUUGCCCCAGGAUGAGCCACCGUGGAUGGCUUUGGCCAAAAAGAAGGCCAAAGCUUGGAGUGAGAUGCCUCAAAUAGUUCAGUGA